AUGCUCUUCAGUCUUACAGAAUCAUUGGCCGGACUUGCCAUCAAAGCCAUUAAGAUGAAGCUGAUCUCAUCCCUGUUAGCCACCUUGCUCUCCAAUAGCAUGGUGAGUGCCAAGUACACCGUCGAAAUCCCCGAUGAUGCGGUCUGGGUAACCAACUGGGACGAAUUACAUGCUGCCCCUCGAUUUGGAGGAGUUCUCCUCCCCAAGUACGGAGGCUUUGUUAUUGAGGUUGAUGAGAAAAUUGUCUUGGCUACGGAUGAAAAGAUGAGCAAGGAGGUCCUUAACUUGCUUACGGAUUUGGAGAAAAUCGACUCGCAGACUGAAGAGAAGCAGACUAUUCCUAACAAGAGGGAUCUGGAAACUCGAGGUUAUGGAAAUAGAUGCUCUCAUCCUCCUUGCUUCGGUCCGGGGCUUUGUUCUCAGUACUCCCAUUGUCAUGUGUGUGCUGGGCUUACUGGCGCGGUUUUCAAGAGGGGUCGGUGCAUUUGA